AUGUCCGACAAAGAUGCUGGCACACCGCGGGUCUUCCUCUUGCGACACGGGGAGACCGAAUGGACCAUAUCAGGGCGCUAUACAGGCCGUAGUGACAUUCCCUUGACAUCUGGCGGCGAACUUCAGGUCUUGAACUCCGCGCGCGUUGUUGUUGGGCCCCGGAAGCUUAUCGAUCCCUCGAGAGUCGCGCAUCUGUUCGUCAGCCCACGGUCAAGGGCCAAGCGCACAUACGACCUCCUGUUCGAGGACUACCAGGAAGCCCUUGAGGGCAAAAGCGAAACUACUGAAGAUAUACGCGAAUGGGAUUAUGGCCUUUAUGAAGGACUCUUGACCGCGCAGAUUAGAGAAGGCCGAAAGGGGCGCGCUCUGGAUAAGGAACGGCCAUGGAAUAUCUGGGUCGAUGGCUGUGAGGAGGGCGAGUCGCCUGCAGAAGUCACCGAACGUCUAGAUAGGAUCAUUGCCAAGAUCAGGGAGGUCCAAGGCCCUCACAUGUACGGAGAGAAGGGUGUUGAUGUGGUGUUGAUUGCGCAUGGACAUAUAUUACGGGCUUUUGCGAAGCGGUGGAUUGGCUUCGAACUCAGCAUGCGGCUACCGAUGAUGCUGGAGCCUGGCGCUGUUGGUGUGCUGAGCUAUGAACACCAUAAGGUGGAUGAACCUGCCUUGUUGCUGGGUGUGAAUAUGGGUAGCAGUCAAUAG